AGCCUGUGGGGAGAGCUGCGGCGCCCGCGCCUGCGCACUGAGGGAAGGUGACGGUGCUGUUUCGAGGGCUGGCUGUUUCUCCUCAGUCAGGCUUGCCGCCAUGAGCUACGACCGGGCCAUCACCGUGUUCUCCCCGGAUGGGCACCUCUUCCAAGUCGAGUACGCGCAGGAGGCCGUGAAGAAAGGCUCCACCGCGGUUGGAGUGCGUGGAAAAGAUAUUGUUGUUCUUGGUGUAGAGAAGAAAUCUGUGGCAAAACUUCAGGAUGAAAGAACUGUCCGAAAGAUCUGCGCCCUUGAUGACAAUGUCUGCAUGGCUUUUGCAGGGCUCACAGCAGAUGCCAGGAUAGUUAUAAAUAGAGCACGAGUGGAAUGUCAAAGCCAUAGACUUACAGUGGAGGAUCCUGUCACUGUGGAGUAUAUUACACGUUAUAUUGCUAGCCUUAAACAGCGGUACACCCAGAGUAAUGGACGCAGGCCUUUUGGUAUUUCUGCCCUUAUUGUGGGAUUUGACUUUGACGGAACUCCAAGGCUGUACCAGACUGACCCUUCUGGUACAUACCAUGCCUGGAAGGCGAAUGCGAUUGGCAGAGGAGCAAAAUCAGUGCGUGAAUUUUUGGAAAAAAACUAUACUGAUGAAGCAAUUGAAACAGAUGAUUUGACAAUUAAGCUUGUUAUCAAAGCUCUGCUUGAAGUUGUGCAGUCUGGUGGCAAAAAUAUUGAGCUUGCUGUUAUGAGAAGAAACCAGCCUCUGAAGAUUCUGAGCCCUGACGAAAUUGAAAAGUAUGUUGCUGAAAUUGAAAAGGAAAAGGAAGAAAAUGAGAAGAAGAAACAGAAGAAAACAACAACAUGAUGCAUACAAUAUAUUGUCUAAUCUGGAUGUUUAAAUCAGCCAUGAAAUCUGUAUAGACAUAGAGGCAUUCCAUUUCCCUGUGCUGUUUCAAGAAGCCCUUUUUAAGAGGCCUGUAAUAAACCACCUGUUUUUUAAGCUUGUUACUUUAAGACUCUGUUCUUCAAUGUAUACUGCCACGUGGUCAUAAUAGUUUUUUUUUUCUAUAGUAAGUAGAAAGUUUUGCUUCAGAUCAACAACCCAAAGUUUGACAUGGAAAAUGCCUUUUAUUACUCAGUCAUGCUCUAUAAUUGUUAAUGGCCAUUGUAAAUGUGUAUGUUCUAAUAUUUUGCAGGUCAUCUCUUGUUUUCAUUAGUCACAUCAGAGCUCUAUAUUUGCUGGAAAAAUUGCAGCAUAAUACAAGGUGGUGCAAAAAUGUUGCACUUGGGUAUUAAAGAUAAAAUUUAAA